UUAGUUGAUUUACGCAGAACGGGGGUUGAGUUUGAAUGUGUACUUCCGUCUGCCUUUUUACGUACAGCGGAACGUGGAAAGCGUCAACGUUGCGGAGACAUGAAACUGUUUGUAAACAAUUCAUACAGAAGGUACGGCAAACUGAAGUUGAAAUUAUUGCCACGUAUCUCCUUCUCUCUGUGUGUAAAAGGAUGUUUUCCUGUCUUUUGGAAGUCAUCAGAAUGACAAGACUGAUACUACCGAUGCUAAAUUAUUUGAAGAAAAAUGUAUAGUUAUCCAACAUCCUUUUUCUCCAUACAACAUAUUUGUUGAAUACUGAAUUCAACAGCCAUUUGGAAGCCACCACAAUUAUCAGACCAACAUGACUUGUCCAUUUUCUGAAUCUAUAAAGAAGCGGGCAUGCAGAUACCUUUUGCAUCGGUAUUUGGGCAAUUUCCUACAAGAAAAGCUGAGCUUAGCUCAGCUUAGUUUAGACUAUUAAGGCACUGGAUCACUGGCACAAGUGCUGUUGGACAAGUGGUCUUUAAAUGAGAUCCUUGAUUCAGUGGAUGCCCCCUUCAAGGUAAUAGAGGGCUUCAUCCAGACCAUCUCUCUGACCGUACCAUGGGCAUCCCUGCUGCAGGAGAACUGUGCCCUGGCGAUCAAGGGGUGGGAGAUGGUGUUCAGACCCAGACCAUGUAUGGCCUCAGGUAUGGAAACCAUGUAUUGGUCCAGCUUCAUGACGAGCAGCAUGCAGCUUGCCAAAGAGUGUCUGAGCCAGAGACUAACAGAUGACUUGGGGGAGAGCUUCCAGCCAUUGGAGGGAUUGGAGAAGUUUGCAGAGACCGUUCUGAGAAGGGUCAAGGUUACUUUUUUGGACACUGUUCUCAGAAUCUAACAUUUUCCAGAAAAUUCCAAAACAGGAAUCGGUCUUGUUGCACAUAUUUUAUUUUUACCCCUUUUUUUUCUCCCCAAUUUCGUGGUAUCUAAUUGUUGUAGUAGCUACUAUCUUGUCUCAUCGCUACAACUCCCGUACGGGCUCGGGAGAGAAAGUCAUGCGUCCGCCGAUACCCAACCCAACCAGCCGCACUGCUUCUUAACACAGCGCGCAUCCAACCUGGAAGCCAGCCGCACCAAUGUGUCGGAGGAUACACAGUGCACCUGGCAACCUUGGUUAGCGCGCACGGCUUCAAGUCCUCACCUACCCCAACAUUUGCACCCCCCCAGCUGGAACCCUAGAAUCAUCUGUGAGCCACACCCCCAGUGCACAGAGCCUGUUUCCUCAGCAACACUCUUUAAACCCAUGCAGAUCGGUCACCUUAGUGGCAGAAUUGAACUCCUGAAACAGAACUAAACCAUGCCUGGAGCAAAGCAACUUUGGAUGUUGAUGGACAGGCAAGUUCACCUACUCUUGGACAUGUUUGGGUUUUUUUCAGGCUCAGCUGGGCCGGAGUGGGGGAAGGACAAGAGGAACCGUCCCAUGCAGCAGGAGGAUGAGUAUCGGCUCCAUAUGGAGUCCGACCCUGACCUCUUCGUGAGCCAGACCACCAGAACUGUGUCCAGCCAAGAGGAUGUCUUCUUCUCCAUGGCUGACAUGAACAUGUCUCAUAGCCUGUCGUCCCUCCCUACCCUGGGGGAACCGCCCACUGUGGACGUGGACCUGUCACUCAACAGUAACUACUCCCCCUCCCUAGGAGAGUCUACUGGCAAUACCACGAUCCUCUGGGACGAUUACCUGGAUGUGCCCAGACAGAGGGAGAAGCAAUCCCAGGAAAGCCCAUUCCUGACACGGGACUCACCACUCCAACACAGACUGCUGAGACAGACCUCCCACCCAACCAAAGCCCACAGUGAUGAGUCCAGGCCAGAGCUGAUCUUCAGGCUGACACUGGGGAACCUGGCUGUAUGUGUUCUCCACAUUGACCCCCUGCCCCCAGCCCCCUUCUCCCCAUGGCUGCUGACUUCUUUAGGAUGGUCUGCUCUCACCAGCUCCAUGCAGACGGACUCAUCCAGUUUAGGGCAGCUUUUGAUGAAGCCUGCCCCUACGACCACAUCAGGUGAUCUUAUUGACAUUAGCUUGGCCCCCGUGAUGUACUGGGCCGUUCGCUCUACCCUCUGUCGUGCCUUGCGGUCGGAGACUGAGCAGUUGCCAUACCAGGUGGUGAUGCAACCCAUCAAGAUGUUCUCGAUCUCAUAUGUGUCCUCUAUCUCUCCAGGUUUGUGGCUCUCCAGUUUUCGGCGAAAGAGAUCAGGGUGCCUUGUGAGGAUCAGGCGACGAGUGGUUAAUCUGCCCAUGCCUUCCGUCCUGCUAGCUAACGUUCAAUCGCUGGAAAAUAAAUGGGAUGAACUGAAAGCACAUAUAUCCUACCAACGGGACAUUAAAACGGAUCGGGACGAGGAUCCAGUGGUGAAUAAGUUGAUCCCAGACUCCAUUGAAAUCAAAGACAACCACUUUGGCCAGCCCCUGGACAGCAGCGACUCCAGCAGGGGAGCCCUGAAGUUCCCCGUCCCAGAGGUGCGCUACCUCAAGAUCUCUGUCAUCUGGCACCUCUACGGAGGGAAGGACUUUGGGAGCGCUACUUUCACCUCCUCUCCUGCUAGAAGUCGGGGAAGGUGUACCCCACACAGGACCAGCCUAAAGUCCCGGCAGUUGUUCAUCAUCCAGGACCUGGAGAUCAGAGACAGACUGGCCAUCUCCCAGAUGAACAAGUUCCUGUACCUCUACUCCAGCAAGGAGAUGCCCCACACUGCCCACUCCAACAUGCUAACAGUUCAGGCUCUGCACAUGUGUCCAGAGACAGGUCAAGCACCCCUGGAAUGCUGUCUGCGAAUCUCACUCAUGCCCCUUCGUCUCAACAUCGAUCAGGAUGCAUUGUUUUUCUUGAAAGACUUAUUUUCCAACCUUGCUCCUGAAGUUGAGAUAUUUUCUCCACCUGAUCAAGAAGCCCUGUGCGUUUCAAUGAAGAAGCCAUCUGCCCCAGAGGUGUCCGGCAGCUUCACUAAACAUGGAGGUGGGAGCCAGGACUCAGGACUUCUCUCUGUGCCUGCCCAGAGCCGCUGCAGCAUCAACGGCCUCACCUUAUCCAGUAACAGCAACACUGGGGAAGCUGAGGCUGCCACUGCAUCAUCCUUCACUGACCAGCCCAUCUUCUUCAGCGCUGAUACUGUGAUUGGGUUGACACAGUUGAAUUGCUCCGAGCUGAAACUAAGGAGAUUAUGCUACAGACAAGGACUGUUGGGAGUGGACAAGCUCUUUUCCUAUGCAAUAAAUGAGUGUCUGAACGACAUCAAAAAGAACCAGCUGCCAGGACUGUUGGGUGGCGUGGGACCUAUCCACUCGCUGGUACAGUUGGUCCAGGGAUUUAGGGACCUGGUGUGGCUCCCGAUAGAGCAGUACCGGAAGGAUGGUCGGGUUGUAUUGCGAUUGCAGCGUGGUACUGCCUCCUUUGGAACCUCCACAGCUAUGGCUGCUCUGGAACUUACCAACCGCAUGGUGCGGUUGAAAAAAAUAAAAUAAAUACAUGCAGCAGCAGAGAUGGCCUAUGACAUGGUAUCUCCAGGAUCUGAUGAGGGAGACAGAAUAAAACAGUUCUCUCAUUACAGAUUGUCCCAUCAGCCAGUUGAUCUCCGGGAAGGUGUACAUGCUCAAUAUUCGUGUUCCUCACAGGGAAUCACUGACACUUCUCUGACCAUCUAUGACACGGCCACGCGUGAGCAGCGUGGAAUGACCGGGGCAGUGGGUGGGGUCCUUCGACAGCCCCCCCCCCCAUCUGUGGUCAAGCCUCUCAUCAUGGCCACUGAGGCCACCUCCAAUGUGCUGGGGGGCAUGAGGAACCAGACACGCCAGGAAGAAUCCCAGAAAUGGUGGCAAGGGGAGGAGUGAUGGCCGACGGCUUUCCAAUGACUGAACUGAUGGUUGUUCAGAAUGAGGGCAGUGUAUUUUCCUUCAAAGAAAACAUCCCUCAACUGUUGCAAGGCCCAAUGAGUAUUACAAGCUGGAAGGAUCUGGUUCUGCAGAUGUAAUUAUUUGAGGUAAAAUGGAGUGUCGCUGAAAAGUCAGUGCUGGUGUAAAUGAAACACAAUUAGACUUGUGGCGGUUGGAGCUAGUGUGAAUCAGCUUGUGUUACCUUUUAUAUCACAUUUUCUCUUGCAGUGCCUUCAUGGUAAUAUUAUACUGUUGUACUACCAUAUGUUAGACAAAGGGACCCGUAGGAGCAGCUAGUGUGCAGAGUCAGAGGUCACUGUGCCAUACUGUAGAUCAUAAUUGAUUACCUUGGCUAUAGGAUAGGACUGGCUUGUUUUCAAUGUCGAUAAUCUUUCCAUAAUGGUAACGGUAGUGCAUCAUAUCCUAACAUGGUACAGAGAUGAGUACAGCACAUCUAUAGUUUGUCAUAUUCAACAUUUGCUUAUCCUAAUUUGUGUCAAAUAACACUAAUAUCUCAACGAGAUGCUGUAAGCUAUUGAAGUGUAUGUCCCAUAACAUUUUAUACAGUGUACCAUGUAUAUGUGUAGGCUUUAUAACUAACUAUUCUAUGUAACAUUUCUUGCAGACAGCAUCCUAAAAUAUAUUCUCAGUGUUGUGGUUAAAAUGUAUAGAUCUGCAUUUUCAAUUACAACUGACGUUGUAACUGUGACCAGUAAAAUGGUUGACAUUUUAUAAAUAUAAAAUUGAGAAGCAGUCUGUGCCCAUCUAUAUUACACAUUUCACAUAAAUGUCACUAUACUUUUCCCUAAAUCCUCUUGUGCUGUCUGGUACUUAGUCUUAAAUAUCAUGCCCAUGUUUGCAAUAUUGUUUGUAGGCAUCUGUGCUUAUUUUGGAGAUGGCUGAUAUAAUUGUGAUGCAGCCUUUAAAUAUGCUCUACAACCCUGAGUUGUUUUGGACAGUGGUUCAAUACAAAAAUGUCUAACUGUUAAUGUAAUGGGAAUUGUAAUGUAUGUGAUAAGAGAAUUGUUUAUUGUACAUAACUGUACAGUUGAUCUUCACAAUUUGUAUUAAAAUCAUGUGAUAUUCUUUAAAAGGGGAAAUAAACGAUGUAAUGUCCACUGAAAUA